AUGACUGUUUCAAUUCAUCUACAGCAUUCAUUGAGUGACCUAGAUCUCGAUUCACAACGAUUCACAAAUAAGGAUGAUAUAAAACCUUGGUUACAGAAUUAUUUAUUGCAUAAGAAGGGAAUACAUGUUGUAAUUGCACGGUCUGAUGCAAACAAGAUUGUAUUUAGGUGUAAAUCAGGUAAAAAUAAAGAAUCAGCAGAGAAAGUCAGUAUAGGUUCAAGGCGCCAAAUAACAUGCCCCUUCAAGAUAAGAGCAAAUUACUCUAUAAGAAACCAUGUAUGGACUUUGGUUGUUAUGAAUGAAAACCAUGACCAUCAAUUGGAUAAUUUUGGCUUAGUACACCAAAGUAAACUUGCAUAUUUGUUUAAUCAUAAAAAUGAUGAAUCUGGAAUUCUUUCGCUGGGGUCCGACGAUACAUCAGCAGCAGCAUUGACAGGUACUUCGAAAAAUGGUACGUCCUCAGAUGUAUUCAGCUCGUUUAUUCGCUCGUCGGAAAUGGCUUCGCCAAACGAUGUACACAGCAACCAUAAUCUAGCCCUGUCAAUUGAGUUGAAAGAUACAGUCACGUCGAAAGACAAUAGUGAUAGUGAAAAAGUGGUUAAUACAUUUGAGGAACAGGAGAGUAAAAAAAGGAAAGUACCUAGGAGGCAUAUCACUAACAGGAAAAAAUCUAAAAGUAAUAAUAAUUCAAUACAUGAUGAAAGCCAUGAGUCAAUUCAAGAAAAAUCUAGCAAGGAGGUAGUUGAUGAUCUUAGUGAGCAAGUGAAUACAUUAAUAUCUAAUUCAAUUAUCAAUAACCAAGACUUCAUUGAUAAGGAAAAGUCCAUGAUGAUAAAAUCGUUUUUCUCACGCUUCAUUAGUGACUAUAAAACUAUUAUCAAUACUGUGGCAAAUCAACAAAAAAUGGCACUAAAUACUUGGUUCAGCACCCCAAAUUCUGCUCAAACUCAUCUAAAUUCGCAUCCAAACACUAAUUUAAUCCCGUUAUCUCCCUUGCUAAAUGAUACAGAUACAGAGUAUACAAACGCUACACCAAAUAAUAGCAAUAACCAAUCUAUUGACAACUUGACACAUCUUCCCAAUAUGUCGUUAGGAUCAUCACUCAUAACAAACGUAGGGGCUCCAGGCAACGCAGGCCCGUCAAGCUCCAAUGCAAGCAAUAAUUUUAACAAUUUUAUUGUUCCCCCACAAAUGCAGUUGCUGCAAAUUCAGAACCAGAACCAACAAUUGCCCUCUUUCAAUACUAUUCAAAAUCAACUUCCACUUUCACCCAAUUCGUUGGCUAAUAAUUCGACUGCUUCUUUGUUUAUGAAUAAUUUUAAUAGUGCAAAUUUGAAUUCAAGCACAUCAUCAUUAAUACCACCCAUAAACAACACAAAUACCAAUACUACCUUAAACCCUUCCCAUCUAUUAAAAUCUUCCAAUAAUAAAAAUAAUGCAUUGAAUAAUCACAUGAACCUGUCCACAUCAAGCAACAGACUAAGUCGUAAUAAAAAUAAACAAAACAAUUCAUUAAACCUACUUGGUAAUAGUAUAACACUGACAAUCACGGCAAAUAACAAUUCUCUAAAUAAUUCUACGGCUAAUUAUGGUGGUUUAUCAUCCCCAAAUAAUAAUAUCAUUAAUUCAAGUAUCCAGAAUAAUUCGAACAACACAGCAUUUUAUAACAAGGAGCUAUUAUCUGGGAAUCCAAGCAGCAUUCCACAAAACUCUACAACAUCAAAUGCUUCUGGUACUCUUAAUCAUAUUGCAAGUUUGAAUGAUAAUGGAUGGUAA